CACAACAUGGUGGACAGGACGGGAUGAUGCUGGAAAUUAAUGCUGCUGCGAGUAAUGCCUUGUGAAGAUCCCAUCCAUUACUGUUGUUGUUGUUGAAGUGAGAAGCAGUGAAGCCAGCAGUCUUCAGGCUUAUAGUACAGAUUUGGAGAUCCUUUCAAAAUGUCGAACAGGGGCUAUUCUGGCAACAUGUAUGACAGGUACGUCGAACAGACGGAAACGUCGACCCUCCACCGCAUGAAAGAGACGUACUGGACCACAAAACAGGCGGUGAUAAAAAAGCUCGGGAAGAAAGAAGACGAACAUGUGGUCGCAUCUGACUCUCAACUAGACUCCAAGUUAGAAGUAUUUAAAGCUAUUCAGAAAUCUAGCAUGGAUUUGCUGAGGGUCAUAGAGCGAUAUCAAGACAGAUUAUGUGCCAUUGCUCAAGAAGAAAAUGCUAUGGGCAGAUUUUUGAAAACUCAGACGUCACACGACAAAACUCGGGCGGGUAAAAUGAUGGCAGCCGUGGGCAAGUCACAAAGCUUUUCAGCUCAGCAAAGACUGGCUCUGCGGGUUCCUCUAGUGCGUUUGUACCAGGAAGUGGAAACUUUCCGUUAUCGCGCUAUUUCUGACACCCUGAUGACCGUGAAUCGAAUGGAGAGUGCCAGGACAGAGUACAGAGGCGCCCUCUUGUGGAUGAAGGCGGUAUCAGAAGAGCUUGACCCUGACACGUUUAAACAGUUGGAAAAAUUCAGAAAAGUACAAGCCCAAGUGAGAAAGACAAAGGCAAAGUUCGACAAGCUUAAACUAGACGUCAUGCAGAAGAUCGAUUUGCUAGCGGCCAGCAGAUGCAACAUGUUCUCUCACGUUCUGGCGAAUUAUCAGUCGACAUUACUGCACUUCUGGGAGAAGACGUCAAGGACAAUGACAGCCGUGUCGGAGAGCUUCAAGGGAUAUCAAUACUAUGAGUUCAACAUGUUAAAGGAAUUAGCCGAGCCUGCCAAGAAGUUAGCAGAGGAAUUGGGUCAGAAAGAAGGGUCAUCUUCUGCUGAACUUGGGGAGGAAUUUGACCCAGAAAAACUGCUGCAAGAUCUUGGUUACUACGACAACAAACAUAAACCAUGGCCGAGUCCUAAACAAGCGAGCCACACAGGAGAGACAAAUCCGUCUCAAGGCCCACCUCCGUCAGCAGAGCAGCUGACUGGUAAUUUGAUGGACAUGGAUGGAGAUUUCAGCCAAUCAAAUGAGGAGAAUAUGCUGUUGCAACCAUUGCGGGCAAACCACCAAUCAGACAAUUUUGGACAAUUUCAAAGCUGCGAUACUGCACCUGAGUUGCCUAGCAACAGUAAAGACACACCCCUUGGCAGUAAUGUGCCUCAGACAAAUGGGCAACAAACAGAACUGUUCCCAAACACAAGCGACGUCACAAAUGAGGAUGGAGAAUUACCGAAGUCAGAGAGCGAUGAUAGUUUAUUAGAACAUGGGGACUAUGAAACAAAAGAGAGACUUCUGUUCGGAGAUGAGUAUACUGAUGACGUACCUGAAGGUACAGAGGACACGACCGAACAGAAUGGAAGUUUGAACAAUCUCUACAACGGAGAUAACAAAGACAACAAAGGUGAGCAAGCCCCCCGUGUUCCUCCAAAUGUAGACCCCGCAUCUAUGUCACAGUCAGGAAGUCCCUUCAUCGAUUUCGGAGUCGACGACGAAUUGAAAGAGGCAGAUUUUGAUUUUUCUGGCAAAAUUCCGGACAGACCAGAGUCAGAAUUAAAGAAAAAACAGAAAUGUGGUCCAAAAGAUUUACUCUGCGAAUCCAUGGAACCGGACGAUACAGAAAAAGACGAGCUUACCCUCUUGAAUGAAAUCCUCAAUGCUCCCUCCACGGGCGAAGACGAAUUUACGCAGGAGUGGUCAGCUGUCUUUGGUAACACCGGAAAAGCGCCACCUAGUGGUCAGUCCCAAGACCCCGAGGAAUCUCAUGCUGAAUUUAUGCCGUCAAAUCUCCUAGACCUGAGCUCGCAAGUUGGCCAGUUGAAUAUUUCAGGGCCCUCACAAACAGCCAGUAGUAUGGGACCCGGGGCCUCAGCGCCUAGCCCCGCCUCCCAUGGAGGUCAGACCAAAACCCCGCCCACUCAUGACCAGAAGGGAAAGCCAUCCAAAAAGGGCCAGAAGACUGACAUGUCCGCCUGGUUCAGCCUGUUCGCUGACCUUGACCCUCUUUCCAAUCCAGAUGCCAUCGGUAAAAAGGCAGAGGAAAUCACAGAUGCUUGAGUGCCGUGCCCACAAAGUUGUAAUCGUCAUUGUCAAUCCAACGUAUUUUGUCCGAAAGCGUGCUAUGUGUCCUGUUUCAAUCCCUAAAUAUGUCAACUAAAAGCAGAAAUCAAGGCCUCUUUAUCAGCGAUUAAGAUAAAGGUCAUGCUUCACGACUUCCAUUCCAUACCUGUGUAAUUCAUGAUGCCUAACAAACAUGGAUAAACAUGUCCGAGCAAAGUAUAAACAAAUGAAGUUUGUCUUUGUAAGACGCAAUAACGGAGAGUAAACUGUAACUUUGCUUUUCUUUAUUUUCAUUGUUAUACUUUUUUUUUUUUUAUACCAAAAGCGUUUUGGGUGAAGUGUGAAAUUAGCACAAAUUUAGGACAAAAUUAGGACAAAGAAGAUAAAGUGCAUGUGUAAGCCUGUAAAUCAAGCAAGUUCAAGGGGGUAUGUGCUUGGGAGAUAACCUAGAUUGUGACCCCUGAAAUGUCACAUAGUUUCUUCAUUCUGCUUACAAAUAGUUUGUAAAAUUAAAACGUCCAUUAGUACUAUUAGAAGCAUCCAUAGGUUAUUAAAAGUUCGUUCUCAAGCCAACUCAAUUCUGUGUUCAAAGAGCCAAAUUCUGAAACUUUUGCAUAAUUUUGUUCAGUUUAUUUAUUUUUUUUUCUUUGUGUUUUACUAACAUUCCAAGUCUGUUAAAAAAUCAACACUGAGGAGAAAUGUUAAAAAAAAAAAA